CGAGGGAGCGACCUCCUCACGUUAUGACAGCAGCAGUGCGUGUUUGCUCUGGCAGCAGGUAACGUGUUCACGUCAGCAAGUAUGCUAACUUCUGUCGUUGGGAAUUUAACCAGUUACUUUUGUGAGUCCGACAAGUCCGACAUCAACAAACCAGAAAUGAGUUCGCAAAUCCGACAGAACUUCCACCAGGACUGUGAGGCUGCCAUUAACAGGCAGAUAAACCUGGAGCUCUACGCCUCUUAUGUUUACCUCUCAAUGGCAUACUAUUUUGAUAGGGAUGACAAAUCCCUACCAAAUUUUGUAAAGUUCUUCCACGCACAGUCCAAAGAGGAGCGUAAGCAUGCAGAGAAGCUGAUGAAUUUGCAGAACAAGCGGGGAGGCAGGAUUUUUCUUCAGGACAUCAGGAAACCUGAUAGGGAUGAGUGGGGGAGCGGCCUGGAGGCUUUGGAGUGCUGCUUGCAGCUGGAGAAAAGUGUAAACCAAUCCCUGCUGGACCUGCAGAAAAUGGCGACUGAACACAAUGAUCCUCAUUUGUGUGACUUCAUUGAAACACAUUUUCUGGAUGAACAGGUCAAAUCUAUCAAACAGCUCGCUGACUGGAUAUCCAACUUGCGUCUCAUGGGAGCCCCUCAGAAUGGCAUGGCUGAGUACCUCUUUGACAAACACACCAUGGCUGACGAGGGCAGUUAAACUGCGCUGGGACGCUCAUGAUCAUCCUGGUCAACGCUGCAUGUCACCCUGUCCUUUUUAUUUAUGUUUGUUAGCUGUCAAUCAUCUGCAAAAUUUGCAAAAGGCAUAGAUGGCUCUCUAAACUGGACUACUGCAGACCUCACUUCACGUUACAUACCAGAUUAGAAUGGAUGGUUUUAUAGAAAUAAAGACUGCGAUAACCUUUAA